AUGACUCAAUUCCCUCCACUUCCGCCUCCACCUCCAGCACCAGCAUCCAAAAAGAUGCAUCCUCCACCACCUCCACCUACGUCUGAUUUCAGAACAGCAGUAAUCAAGAAUCAUUGGAAUGAUCCACCCAAGAAGAUCUUCCACAAAAAUGCAGAUGAUGAGGAUGUCACAUUAGAUGUUCAAGAAGUCUCCAAGACACUAUCGAACAAGCUCGAGCUUUGCAAGACAACAUUCGAGUCUGGACCACAAAAACGAAUUGUGGAUGAUACGAGUCGUAGAAUUGGCACUUUGUUGGAAGAAUUAGAAAAGAAAGAGCUAUCAAACGAUGUGGUGAAAUCACUCCACACACUAACCAAUGCACUGGAGGCAAAAGAAUAUACAAAGGCACUGGAGGUACAUACACAACUCAUGACAACUCAGUAUGAAAGCCAUGGAAAUUGGAUUGUGGGGUUGAAGCGACUUGUAGACCUCACAGAAAAGGCAUCGGUUUAA